GCGUGACAGUCUGUUGUCUCGUUCUGCAUAGCAGGCGACUGGCCUGGCGGGCUCCCUCUUCAGCCACGCUCCCCCUUCGAAAUGAUGAAGAUUUUUCUUUGGAGGGGCGACCAUCACAAGGCCUCCGGCUGUGUCCAAUGCAAAGCAUCAAGGCUCCACCAUCAGUCACCUCACAAACGAUUGCUCAGCACACCUGACAUUGACAGCAUCUGGGCUCCUGUCGGAGCAUGGUUACAUGACAUGAAAACUGGAAAGAAGCAAACUACUCAGUGGUUCGGCGGAGGCGGCGCAGCCAGUAGGCGACCAGAACCAGCUUCUGUUAGCCGGCCGAGGGCUCCAGGGACCGGCUACUCCGGCCUCGGCCAGGAAGAACUUUUCUGCCUCGUUCAGGACAUCACCCUGGCAUUGACGAAGAUGAUGGGAAGUCAGCUCCUGAUUCGUUCAAGAGGCUGGCGAAUCACUGCGUGUAGGGCUUACUCUGCUUGCUGCCGAUCACGCCGAGCCCUGUUGGUGUGUUCCAUUGUUAGCAGUGGCCGCCAAGGGAGAGAGAGUUCCGCCCCGCCCUUGCACCCUCCGCCGGGGGGGCUGCAAGGGUCAUCCGUCUACGCACUAAGGGUUGACGACCAAGGGGGUGCCUGCUAGCUGAAGCCCAGAUAUGAUCACGUCGAAUUCUGACGAAGUCGAAAGAGCCUGCAUAUAGCCGGCACAGGAUACUUCGCCUCGACACGAUGAAACGUGUUUCGAAGUGUAGUGGUUACUGCUGACUUCGUACGAGGUUGCGUCAGCAGAUGCAGACCGAGCAGUCCGGUGGGAGCUCAGUGUGUACGCCACAUUUGUCGUGUCAGCUUUACGAAACACGAGGACGCCGCGGGACUCCCGAAAAUAAAGCGGCCCGCCAAGUGCACAGAAGCUGAAAUGCAUGUCACAGAGCCGUGUACAUGAGAAAGCAGAUGCCCGCGAUGAAGGAUCGACGGCCAUCUG